AUGGGCCCUGAUGGCCAUUACUACUCGUUCUCAACUCACGGCUUGGUUGUUAUCAGCAGAGCUUCACAGCCCAACUCUCUGGAUGGAUACUGGGAGCCCAUUGGAUCAGUACUGGAUGGCUCUAGCAUUAUCAACAACACAGGAAGCACCGAUCCAUGGGCUCCUGAUGUGCACAAGGUCGGAGAUACAUACUACUGCUACUAUGCUGUCUCGCAAUUCGGCAGCCAAUUCUCUAGCAUCGGACUCGCUACCUCAAAGACCUUGAGACCCGGCAGCUGGACCGAUCACGGUGCCGUUCUGACUUCAAACACCACUGCUCCGUCGCCCCUGAACAUCACAAAUGCAAUCGACGCAAACCUCUUCAUCGACCCAAAAACCAAGAUCCCCUACCUCACAUACGGUAGCUUCUGGAGCGACAUCUGGCAAUUCCAGUUGGCCAAGGACUUGCUCAGCGUUGUCUGGUCUCCUGAUCCUACACAGCUGAGCUUGGAUCCUGUGAGCCCACAAGCAGAGGAAGGCCCUUACUUGAGCCGUCACGACAGUUGGUAUUAUCUCUGGUACAGUCAUGGCUCGUGCUGUGGCUACAACGUCUCUGCUCUCCCAGCGCCUGGACAAGAAUACUCUAUUCGUGUUGGCCGUUCCAGAUCAGCCACGGGACCUUUCGUCGACCGUAACGGAGUAGACCUCAAGAACGGCGGUGGCUACAUCGUCUACGGCAGCCAUGAUUACGUCUAUGGUCCUGGUGGUCAGGCAGUCUUGACCAACUACCAUGGACGUGAUGUCUUGUACUAUCACUACGUCAACACUAUCCUAAACCCGCUAUACCUUGAUGAGCUCAAGUUCCUGGGUUGGAACUACAUCAAUUACAUCCAGGGAUGGCCUGUGUUGUCUUACGACUAA